AUGGUGGGCUUCGGGGCGAACCGGCGGGCCGGCCGCCUGCCCUCCCUGGUUCUGGCGGUCCUGCUGGUGGUGAUCGCGGUGCUCGCCUUCAAUUACUGGAGCAUCUCCUCACGCCACGUCCUGCUGCAGGAGGAGGUGGCGGAGCUGCAGGGCCAGGUCCAGCGCACCGAGGUGGCCCGCGGGCGCCUGGAGAAGCGCAAUUCGGACCUCCUGCUCUUGGUGGACUCGCACAAGAAACAGAUUGACCAGAAGGAGGCCGAUUACGGCCGCCUUAGCAGCCGGCUGCAGGCCCGGGAGGGCCUGGGGAAGAGAUGCGAGGAUGACAAGGUUAAACUGCAGAACAACAUAUCAUAUCAGAUGGCAGACAUACAUCAUUUAAAGGAGCAACUUGCUGAGCUUCGUCAGGAGUUUCUUCGACAGGAAGACCAACUGCAAGACUACAGGAAGAACAAUACUUACCUUGUGAAGAGGUUAGAGUAUGAGAGUUUUCAGUGUGGACAACAGAUCAAGGAGUUAAGAGCUCAGCAUGAAGAAAAUAUUAAAAAGUUGGCAGCCCAGUUUUUGCAGGAACAAAAGCAAGAGGCCCACAAGUUUGAAUCAAAAGGUGGAAAUGAACUGGAUUCGGACAAUCAUGCAGUGCCUAAAAGUGUUCCGGAAGCUGCUGAGGACGGUGCAGGCAAGAGCGGAGAGCCCUCGAGUCGCCACACUCCACACGGGAAAGAACAAAUCAAACGAGGUGGUGAUGCAGGCAUGCCUGGAAUAGAAGAGAAUGACCUUGCAAAAGCUGAAGAUGUUCCUGUUGCUUUAAAGAAACCCCCUGUUUCCUUCCCUCAAUAUGAACGUCAUCAAGUAAUCUCCCAUCUUCCAACUGGACAGCCUCUCUCCCCAGAUAUGGUUCCAGAUUCUCAUAUAAACCACAAUGGAAACUCUAGAACUUCAAAGCAGAACCCUUCCAAUCCUCUUCAGCGUUUAAUUCCAGGCCCUAACGUGGGCAGUGAGCCCAGGAUUCAAGCAGGAGCUCUAGAACAGGCUGCCAAGGAUGGAGCUGGCGACCUCCAUAAACUGAAGCAAAGCCGAUUCUUUGAUGAGAAUGAAUCCCCUGUUGAUCCGCAGCAUGGCUCUAAACUGGCGGAUUAUAAUGGGGAUGAUGGUAACGUAGGUGAGUAUGAGGCAGACAAGCAGGCUGAGCUGGCUUACAAUGAGGAAGAAGAUGGUGAUGGUGGAGAGGAAGACGUCCAAGAUGAUGAAGAGCGAGAACUUCAAAUGGGCCCUGCAGACUAUGGGAAGCGUUUCAACGAUGCCCUUUAAGCCGUGAAGGAAAACUUCAGAUAACCUAAAGUGCUGUAAAAUGGAACCAUUUCUACUUUGUCGAUUUUGACUUUUGUUGUAAAGAUCAGUUGUAUCAGUUGUAAAGAUACAUUGAGACAGAUUUAAGGAAAAACUUUAAUGAAAGAAUGUACGCAUGUACAUAUAUGAACUUUUCAUAUUGUAUUAUUAAAGCAGAGACUUCUGGAGUUAUGUUACAGUUGAGCCAAAAACAAAGUAAGGAAAACUUUAAUCUUUGCAUUUAAAGCAAACUAAUGUAUAUUUUACAUUUGAUUGAGCCUAAUUCUUUCCACAAAUAGACAAACAGGAAAAAUGGUUGUCCCGUUUAUAUGUUGCGCAUAGCAGAGCCACAGUGAGAACAAUUAUUCAGCUGAGAAACGUUUUAUACACUAAUAUAUUCUUGUUAGCCCAGCAGGUGUUCUGUUCUAUCCACUCUUUUCUCAUGCUGUUCAAGGAGUUAUACCCAGAAUAGUUUCAUAAGAGAGAGGGGCACCUGAAGCCAAACACUGGGCAGCAACGGGCAGAACUCCCUCCUGUUCCUGUCCCACGUGAGUGCUGGUGCGUUUGGUAGAUAAGCUUUCAGCUGAGGCCUGAUGUGAGCGGAGAAAACCUGCAAAGACGUAACCGUAUUGAUGAGUUAUUCUUACCUUACUUCAUGAAAUUGUGAAACGCAUGAUUGAUGAUCUAUUUUCUAUUUUUAUUUUUUCACAUAAUAUCAAUACUGUUUAACUAUAACUGUUACUGGCUAAAAUUUUUAUAUUUUCGGAGUUAAAGUUGGUGAAGAUAUUAAUGAUUUAAAUGCCAGAUUCCGAAAGAGGCUAAAUCAUCCUUGAAAUGAAUUUUCAGUCGGUAUUUCAAAGCUUCUCUGGUAGUUUUAGUGACCUUAUUUGACUAGACUUUUUCAGAAGUAUUAAAUUAGCAGUUUUAACAGGUUUUUAUUAAUGCACAAACAGAAAUACAGUGAGGUCUAUAGCCAUUUUAUUAAAAUAGCUUAAAAGUUUGUAAUGAAGAUGGAGAAUCUUUCUAUCUACUUAAUAUGUUAGUUAAGAGCCCAUAAACCUCAUAUUUGCUAGACUUAAAAAUUAUUUUAAAUGCAUUUGUCUUUUUUGACACCCUUCAGUAGAAUAUGUAAGCUAGCUAAUCCUUAUUUUCUGAUUGAAGGCACUUUUAAAUCUUAUCCCCCACCCCCUAAAUAAAAGGUUUUGAUCAUGAGAAGUUUAAACUUGUUAACUCUAUUUUUCAGAAGGGCUACUGUUAAUUGCACAUGAACAUGAGAUGCUUUCCUUUUACCCCCCUAUAACUCAGGUUCUAGUCAAAAUUCAAACUUACAGAGGUUAAAAAAAAAGAUUGUUCACUUAUUGGAGGUGUAAAAAUUCUUAGAUCUCUGUUUAAAAUUAUUUAGCAACCAAGAAAAGAUGUAGUGAUUUACUAAAAUUGUUUUUUCUACCCUAUCCAAGUAAGUAAUUCAUGCUUUUGCUGUGAGUAGAGUCAGGCCUAUAGUGAUAGUUUACAGCAUUUUUUAAAAUGGAGUUAAAGGGAAGUGAUGUCUCCCUUCUGGAAGUUAGGGUGGGAACAUGAACCUAAAACAUAUCCCUAGUGACACUUUAUAUUUAAAUACUGUGAAACAUUUACAAAUGAAAACCAUGAAUUUCCUGCCUUAGUUCCUUUGUCAUAAAAACAAUCACUUGGUUAUAUAGUAGCUAUUACUUACACAGCAAAAUUUCUUCAAUUAGCAGUCUAGACAUUUUAUAAACUGAGAAAUCUUGGAUCAACUGAUAAUACUUCUGACUGUAUUAACAUUCUAGUGCUAUAAAAUACUAUGUGAAAUCUCUUAAAAUCCUGACAUUCUACAGUCUGUAUUAGAUAUCCUGAUUUUAUACUAUUUUACUUCUGCCUUACAGUUUAUGUUUUUUAAAUGU